GGCCAUUAGCAUUCGCAGCCGUCGGAUCGUCAGCUUUGGGUGUUUUCGGCUGUCAGGUUUUCUUUAGCCCACGCCAGCUCGCUUUGUUAUGAUUGCCACUGCUCUGGUAACAGACUCCUACCAUUCCGUCUGUCCAGCCAGAAACAAAGCUUGUACAACCCUCUUUUCGUUCGCACGGAUGCAAGCAUCCCGUGACGGCCGAAGAUGGCUCAUGUUGACUGCACUGUGAUCUGGCCGAUGCGACCGAUGUCGUCCCACGCCCACUGUGCUUUAGCUCCAAACGAUACGGUGUGCCUCCAUUAUAGAACUGAUUUGCAGGGAAAGGCGAAGCGGCACCGUGGCUGUUCGGUGAAGCAGGCAUGUGAAGUUGAUCCGCCGGGAGAUUCAUCAGUUUCUCGCCUGUAUUUAUGUGAGCUUCGUCGGGUGACGCUCUCCCACCCCCACAGAUCCUUCUGCAACUAUGGUUUUCGGCUAGGUUUUCACUCUGUCUUCAUUUUUCUUUUCCCGAUGAUUCCCUAUUUUACCCGAUUUCAUUGUGUCUGCCUUUCCAGUCACAUAUUUGUACAUGUGGUGUUCAUCCAAGACUCCUGGUUCUCUGGGAAAAUAAUCUUGGAGUCUGGUUCUCAUAUUAAGUUUUGUGGAAAUCUUCACUUGAAAAUCUGCAAUGUCUGCAAGGAGGGAUAGCCAUGGAUACAUCAGCCCAAGAUUCACAUUUGGAUCUGACAUAGGGAACACGAGACCUCUGCCAUUAGUGUCGGAUGGUUCUUCAUGGUACUUCAUCCACUCCUUGGGGUAGCUCUAGAAUUUCGGCCCUUUUGAUAUUAUAGUUAAUUUGACAAGUAUCUAUUCGACAAGUUUGGGUGGUGAUUCUCUCUUGUGUAGUUUUUACCUUACGUGCAGUAAUUUUUUUUGCUUUUACACAACAUGAAAAUAUGAUUUACGCAAGCUGAAAUCAUGGAGAAAUGGCCUGUUGUUAAUUUUGUGCCGCUGAUACAACAUCUCAGAUUUAGUGCCCUGUUGUUGUUCGGUAUCCAUCUUCGGAUUUGGAGGCUCACUGAUACUACGCUGCGUACAUAUCUCCUGGCCUUAAGAGUCUUAGAUGAGACAUCUCGUUGCAUGAGAACUACGUGUGUGUUCCUUGUAUAUGUUACUUCCUAACAAUCCUUGUACUAAUUACAACACAUAUACUUAUUUUAAAGAAGAAAUUGUUCAACUAA